GAAAGAGUACUAUCCUUAAUGGAGGGCUCAGCACAAUAAAUAUGAAGCUCCUUAAUUGUCUUUGCAAAUUGCAACUGACCAAACAAAAACAAAAAGGAACAAAACCAGCUCAGAGCCAAGCACAAAAAACUCCAUAAAGAGAGAAACACAGGAACAUACUUGAAGAUAUUCUUGAAAAAAGAGAAAAGGAUCUUUUUUUAAGAAAGAGGGUGCACAAAAACUCAUAGUAGAGAGAAAGAGACAGAGAUGGCGGGUGAUGUCCCUUGUUGUGAGAGCACGUUUUUUCUGUAUGUGAUAGUGAUCAUAGGGCUUGUGGCCUUUGCCGGGCUCAUGGCUGGUCUGACUCUUGGGCUGAUGUCGCUUGGCCUUGUGGACCUUGAAGUGCUCAGCAAAUCUGGGCGGCCACAGGAUCGUAAACAUGCCUCUAAAAUACUUCCUGUGGUGAAAAACCAGCAUCUUUUGCUUUGCACACUCUUGAUUGGGAACUCUUUAGCUAUGGAGUCACUUCCCAUUUUCUUGGACAAACUCGUGCCUCCAUGGGCCGCUGUUCUUGUAUCGGUCACACUCAUCCUCAUGUUUGGCGAGAUAUUGCCUCAAGCUAUCUGUACUCGCUAUGGAUUAACCGUUGGAGCAACUGUCGCGCCCUUUGUCCGCCUUCUUCUUUGGUUGUUCUUCCCAAUUGCUUAUCCAAUUAGUAAGUUUCUUGAUUGGAUGCUGGGUAAGGGUCAUGCAGCAUUAUUGCGUAGGGCCGAGCUGAAAACUUUCGUUGAUUUUCAUGGAAAUGAGGCUGGAAAAGGUGGAGAUUUGACGCAUGACGAGACCACAAUAAUUGCUGGGGCAUUGGAAUUAACUGAGAAGACUGCAAAAGAUGCAAUGACCCCUAUAUCCAAGGCAUUUUCCAUUGAUCUGGAUGGGAAUCUUAAUUUGGAGACAUUGAAUGCCAUCAUGACAAUGGGCCACAGUAGAGUUCCUAUUUACUACAAAAACCCAAAUAAUAUCAUUGGACUUAUAUUGGUCAAAAAUCUUCUGGCGGUUGACCCGAGUGAUUCAGUUCCUCUCAGAAAAAUGUUGAUACGAAAAAUCCCUCGUGUCUCGGAAAAUAUGCCCCUCUAUGAUAUUUUGAAUGAAUUCCAAAAGGGCCACAGCCACAUUGCUGUUGUGUAUAAGGACUCGAAUGAAACAAAAGAGUCGUUGCAAAAAGCCAAAGAAGAUUAUCAAAAUUUUGCCAUAAAACCAGACGAGAGCUUAGUGAAGAGAAACCAGCCGGCUUUCAAGAAGAAACACAGAGGUUGUUCGUUUUGUAUUCUGGAUUUGGACACGUCUCCAAUUCCCGAGUUUCCGCCUGAUCAAGUGGCUGUCGGUGUUAUAUCCAUGGAAGAUGUGAUUGAGGAGCUUCUUCAGGAGGAGAUACUGGAUGAAACGGAUGAAUACGUGAACAUACACAACAGGAUAAAGAUAAACAUGAUUGGUUCUCAGGAUAAUAAGGCUCCUGAAUUGGAUUCGACUCAAUCUAUAGCUGCAGCUUCUCAACCAAUUGCUUAGUAUUUACAGUAGCACCUAAGGUGGUAUAUAUAUAAUCAAACAGAGUUUCCCAAAAUCACAGCUUUCUUGAACAGAGUUUUAUGAUCAUCAAUAGCUCUUCUUUUUU